GUCAUAAAAAGAGGAAGACACGGUUGAAUUUCUGCAAAUAGGCAUAAAUAAUAAAAAUAGCUGAGUUUCUCCUUUUCUCUGAUAAAUUCAUCAGCUGCAUUCUCCGACCUGGCCACAUGGUGGCGCCACGGUCACAGUACAGCCAUUCAACUGGGAUCUUUGUAGUUUUUGGAGUGAAGCAUCUUCUUUCAUACAUAUGGUCUUUGGUUGCGGAGUGGCGCAUCCUGUCUGACAUAGAGGAUCUUUGUGUUCCUCUCCGUCGCCUCCUCGCAGUGAAAGCAGCGGUUGGUUCUGCCGUUAACUGAGACCGGAACCAGAACCGGGACCGUAAAGAUUCUGACCCUGGAGAAGGAAAACCGGGAUUUAUUUUCCUCUUCAUGGGAAGGUUAAAAGGAGCCGCGCUUUAAUUUCCAUAAAACCUCCCGGAAAAAAAAAAAAAAAAAAAUCACAGCCCGGAGGAGAAUCUGCGCGAUUCACGACCCGCCUGCGGGAUCCGGCGAGAUUUGCGCCGCAGCUUCUAUCUGCAUCACCAUCAGCCUGCGGGACUCUGCGGCGUCAUUGAUGAUUGAAGUCAGAUUUAAUUAAGACCUGAAGACCAGUCGUGACCUCUGACCCCUGCGGGAUGCUGGACGCGGUGAAGAUGAAGGAGGCCUGCCGAAUCUGCGCCCGGGAACUGUGCGGGAACCAGCGGCGCUGGAUCUUCCACCCCGCAGCCAAGUUGAGCCUGCAGGUGCUGCUGGCCCACGCCCUGGGCCGCGGGCUGGGCCGGGACGGCCGCGGGGAGUUCGCCUGCUCCAAGUGCGCCUUCAUGCUGGAGCGGAUGUUCCGGUUCGACACGGUGGUGGCCCGGGUGGAGGCGCUGUCCCUGGAGCGGCUGCAGCGGCUGCUGCUGGAGAAGGAGCGGCUGCGGCUCUGCAUCGCGGGGCUGUACCGCAGGAGCAACCCGGGGGAGGCCGGCGGGGAGGACGCAGACCUGGACGACAGCUACUCGGACCUGAUCCAGGACGACCUGGUGUUCUCCGGGUUCGAGUCCUGGGCGGAUCGGGAGGAUGCGGCGCCGGACCAGCCGCUCCACCACUGCACCGGAGCAGAGGCCGGCCAGAAGCCCCGCAGGUGCCGCGGCUGCGCUGCGCUGCGGGUCGCGGACUCGGACUACGAGGCGGUCUGUAAGGUUCCGAGAAGGUUCGGGCGCAGAAGCACCUCCUGCGGGCCGUCGACCCGCUUCUCCGCCUCCGCUCUGGGGUUGGAGGACCUGAGCAGAACCUCCGACGCAACACCUGUCCCGAUGGAUGUUCCUGCAGCCGAGGCGGACAAACGGAGUCACAGCCCCGCAUCCUCCGUGGAGUCCCUGGAGCUCCACAGAACCAAGGAGGAACCGAACCCGAACCCGGAGGAGGCGAGCCCCCUCUGGAGCAAACCCCAGACCGGGAGCUCCCUGUCCGGGGCGGAGGUGCUGCUGGGCCUCCUGCGGGGCUGGGAGUACCGGCCGGUGACCCCGCCCAGGGGCAGCAAGCUCCCGGUUCUGGUCAAAGGCAAACUGGAUCCGAACCUGUCCUCCCACCCGGCCGUCCCGGAGGUGGUGGUGCUCUGUCCGGAGGAGGAGCUGCAGGCGGAGCUGGAGGAUCUGGAGGAGCAGUGGCUGGAUGAUUACCUCCAGUGCGGCCCGUUCCGCCUCCAGCAGCAGCUGAUCGGCGAGCAGCAGGACCAGCUCAGUCGGUACCAGAGCGCCGCGGGUCAGUGCGUGGGAGAGCUGCAGCAGGCCCAGAACCAGGUCCGAUCGCUGCAGGUCAACAUCAGAGAGAGCGAGGCUCGGAACCAGAAGCUGCAGGAGCGUCUGGCUGCCAUGGAGCUGCAGCUUCGCUCGGCGCAGGAUGAAGCGCAGCAGCAGGAGAGACUCAUCCAGAACCUGACGGACGCCGUCGUUUCCAAGGAGACGGAGGUUUCUGACCUGAGCAGAGCCUUGGCGGAUCAGAACCAGACGCUGCGUUCGCUCAGGGAGCUCGCUAACCGCAGCCAGCUGUCCGGUACCGAGGCGGCUCCGGGUCAGGGCGAGGUUCUGGCCCUGCAGGCGGCGCUGUUCCAGGCUCAGCUGGAGCUGCAGGCGGCCCAGCGGGCUCAGCGCCGGGCGGACCGCGCCGAGGAGGAUCAGAACCGGUCCCUGGAGAGGCUGGAGAGAGACCUGCAGGGGGCGCUGCAGCACCGCAGGGAGACGGAGCGACACAACCGGGAGCUGCAGCUGAUUCUGCAGACGGUCCGGUCCGACCUGCAGGCGAGGGAGGAGCAGCUGAGCGAGGGCGAGCAAGAGAGACGGAGGGAGAGCGAGGAGAGAGAGCGCAGCGUCGCGGAGCUGAGGGCCGGCCUGCAGCUGAAGGAGCAGCUGCUUCAGGAAUACGGGGAGAUGCUGAAGGAACCGAAGGAGAACAGAGACUCUCUGCUGCAGAAACUGCGGCAGCGAAUAGCGGAGAGAGACCGAGCGCUGGAGCGGGCCGUUGACGAGAAGUUUCGCUCGGCGGAGCAGCGAGAUGCAGCGAGUCGCCAGCUGCAGCUGCUGCUGCGUGAGAAGGAGCGAGACCUGGAGAGGCAGCGCCGCGUUCUGGCCAACAACGAGGAAACCAUCGCUAGCCUGGAGGCGCUGCUGAGGGGGAAGGAGCUGCAGCUGCAGCAGCUGGCCGACGCCUGGACCGGCGUCCGGCGGCAGCAGCGGGACGUCGACGAGCGGACCAGUCAAAUCCUGAGAGAGAGAGACGACGUCAUUGAGCAGCUGCAGGCGGCGCUGCUCGCUCGCACGCAGGAGACCCAGGACCUGCGCUGCUCUCUGCUGCUUCAGGUCCAGUUGGCGCCGGGUCAGGUUCUGGAGGACCUGAAGCUCCGCCUCCAGCUGAAAGACCGCCUCUUCCAGGAAGUGAUGUCAGACCGGACCCGGCAGGCCCGGGAGCACCAGGAGCAGGUCCAGGAUCUGCUCAGAACCAUCAGCGCCAGGGACCAGUACAUCCAGGACUCAGCGGCCCGACUCACCGAGGUUCUGGAAGAGCAGACCUGCAGAGUCCAGGAGCUGCGGCGCCAGCUGGGCUCCGGGUUGCAGCUGGACGCGGCUGCAACGCUGCAGCAGGAGCAGAACCAGGAGGAGACGAGGAGUCGGGCCGAGCAGCUGCACCAUCUGAGCCUGAAGGAGGAGAUCAUCAGGGACCUUCAGAGGAAGAUGGCUGACCCGUCGGACCUUCCGGUGGUGGAGCGGCUGACCCUGGAGCUCCAGGAGCUGAGGGAGGUUCUGGUCCGGCAGGGAGCCGCCCGGCAGCCUGAGUUUGGAGAGCUGAGCGGUGAGGACGAAGACGAGGCAGAUGAAGAUGUGAAGAGUGAGUUCACUGCUGCUGAUGAGGAUGAGGAUGAGGAUGAGGAUGAGGAGUGUGCUGCCUGGGGUCGGCAGCUGGACGCUGAAGGGCUGAUGGAGGUCAAGCAGCUGGUGGAGCAGAAGCAGGUGGUGGAGAGAGAGCUGGGGGAGCUGAAGGCUCAGCUGGAGAAGGCCGGCUUCUCCUCGCUGUCCCAGAUGAGGAGAGCUUUGUUCAGCCUGCGAUCAGAGAACGAAGACCUGAAGCUCCAGCUGGCUGACGGCAGGCAGGCUGUGGAGGAAGAGGAGGAGCUGGAUGUGACUGUGGAGGAGGAAGAGGAGGAAGAGGAGAGCUCUGGGAUGUGGGAGUCUUGGGACGGAGAUCCGUCUCUAUCUGACAGCAGGACUCAGAGCCAUGAGGACCAGAAGACAGAGGAGGGCGACAGAGUGGAGACGCUCACCGGCUCCUCACAGGACGACGAGCCGUCCAAUCAGCAGCGACGGCCGGACGCCUCGCCCUCAGCGGGGAAGACGGUCCGUCUGCAGCUGAAGAGCCGGGAGCUGCAGGAGAGGCUGAUGGUGUCGGAGGCCACAGUGCAGGCUCAGGCUGAGCAGCUGCAGGACUACAGAGAGCUGCUGGCAGAAACAGCCGUGCAGCAGGACAGCAAGCUGGUCCAGGUGGACCUGCAGGAUCCGGGCUACGAGACCUGCGGCCGCAGCGAGAACGAGGCUGACAGGGAGGAGGCCAGCAGCCCAGAAUUCGACGACCUGGAGAUGUGCACGUCUCUGGACCUGGGCUCUCAGUGGUGGCCCGGCGGCACCGACGCUCAGCCCUGCGGUUACCCUGGCGACCUGCCGUCGCUGCGGCGCCUGGUGGAGGAGCUGCGCUCGCAGCUGUCCCGCUCUCAGGCAGUGAUCCGCGGCCUGCAGGGCCGCCUGCGCCGCCUCUCCGCCUCCGGCGAGGUCGGCCGCUGCCCGCAGGCGGAGGACGACGAGGGCUGGCAGUCGUCGGACGGAGCCUCGCAGCGUCACCAUGACAACGGCCUUCAGAAGCUGACGUCCAGAGUGGACGCUCUGGAGGACCAGCUGAGGAAAGGAGGCAGGAGGGAGGAAGGAAACUCUGCAAACUGGCCGGGGAAGUUGGACUCUCUGCUGAAAGCUCAGGCCAGAGAGCUGUCGCUGCUGCGCCAGCGGCUGCGUGACGGCCGCGCCGCCUGCGGCCUCCUGCGCCGCCACCUGGCCGCCACCACCCGGGCCUUCGAGGAGCUGCUGCGCGCCAACGACGUCGACUUCUACACGGGCCAGAGCUUCAGGGAGCAGCUGGCCCAGAGCGGCGCCCUGGCCCAGCGGGUCGGCGCCAGGAUCGGCGGACGAGAUCCGUCUGAGGACCCAGAGGAGACGACGGAGCUGCUCGCCGUCCGGCUGAGUAAGGAGCUGCAGCAGAAGGAUAAAGUUAUCGAGUCUCUCCAAGCCAAACUCGACCAGCAUCAUCAUCAUCAUCAUCGCUCCGACUCGCCCAGCAGCAGCCACGCCCUCUCUGACAUCACCGACCAAUCAGAUCGCAUCUCCUACGUGUCGGACGAGCACGGCUCCACCAACGGCGACCCGGAGUUGUGCUGCGAUGCAGACGCUGCCGGCGGACCCGAGGAAAACGGGAAUGCUACUGGACCAGCGUCUCCGCUCGGCGCCGCGUCCCGCCGUCCGUCCGUCGGCUCCUCCCAACACUCCCAGUCCUGCCUCAGUUGUCCCAGCAUGCAUUGCUCCGGCUCUCCGCUCAGACCCGCAGACCUGCAGAGCCAAUCAGCCCCUUGUCGCCCUCCCCUCUCCUCCCCCAUCAAACAUGGCGGCCGCUCCCAGAGGAGCGCGGCGCCAGCUUUCUCUCUGGCUGCGGUUCAGCAGGAGCUCCAGACGCUACAGAAGCAGCUGAGAGCCGACGGCAGGUUUUCCACUCCCAGAUCUCUCCACGGUCUCCCCCGGUUCGUCCCUCAGCAUCAUGCCGACGCUGCCGGCUUCCCGCCGCUCUCCUACCAAGGCUUCCCUCCUCCUCUGUUCAGCAGCGGCCUGGACGUUGCCAUGACAACGAGAGCCGGGGCCAGCCUGCUGGAGAGAGGCGCAUCGUGGGAAACGCCGUGCGGCGCGGGAGCCGACCUGUCGUCGAGGUCGUCGGGUUACCAGUCAGGAACCGGACACACAGGUUCAGAUCUGAUGAAGGAACACCUGGCAGAGAUCCGGAGUCUGAGGCGGAGACUGGAGGAGUCCAUCCAGACCAACGACCGGCUCCGGCUGCAACUGGAGGACCGGCUGGCCUGCAGCGCCGGGGACAAAGGAGCUCCGACCAACAUCUACAUCCAGGGCCUGGACUCGGCCGGCCAGCUGUCCGCCGAGCUGCGCCUCCUGCAGGAGGAGAACGCCGCUCUGCAGGCGCAGCUGCAGCGCGCCGGCCGAGAGGGCAGCAGAGAGGCGGAGCUUCGCAGGGAGGCGGAGCAUCUGAGGGAGGCGGUCCUCAAGGAGAGAUCCAUGCUGAAGGAGGCGGAGCUCGAGAUACAGAGGUGGGCGGAGCUAAGCCAGAGGCUGCAGGCGGAGGAUGCAGUUCGCUGCCAGGAGGUGGCGCAGCUGAGACAGGACAGACAGAGAAACCAGGAAACCAUCAACAGGCUGCAGCACGAGGCGAGCGUCCUGCGCCUGCAGCUGGACCAGAGCCGCAGUUUGAGCCAGACGCUGCAGGAGGCGCUGCAGGACGCAAAGCGCCGAGUCUGGGAAAAGUCCAGAGACUCACACUCAGAUGAGGCGGCUAAUGGCGCUCUGCCAGUGACCUUUGACCCCAGAGAGCUUCACAUCCAGCUGAGCAGCCAGCCUGCAGCCAGGAGGCGACUCUUCAGCGGUGAAGACGUUUCUCCGCCCGUCAGAGACAGCGACCCGAUCCGAGACAGUGGACCCGUCGCUGCUCCGCCUCGGCUUCCUCCAGCUGCCUGCGCCCAGCAGGGCGGCGCUUCUGAGGGAAGCCACCACGCCGUCGGCCAUCUUGGAGACCUCCAGGCCCUGCAGCAGCAGCUCCUGGAUGGGGCCACCCUGGCUGCUCAGAUGGAGGCCGCCCUCUGUUCCCUGAACGCCUCACAGAGGCUUCAUCAGCCUUUGGACCGAGGAUGCGUCGGUAAUCUGCUGUCGGACUCUAAAUCGCUGAAGCGGAUCCUGCAGGAGGCGGAGUCUCUGCUGCAGGCGACCUGGACGGCGGGUCUGACCCACUCUGAGGAAGCCAGACAGGACGAGUCGCUGAGGGACGAGGUCGUCUGUCUCCGGAUGAAGCUCUCAGAGCAGGACCAGGCUCUAAGGGACGCCAUGGAGAGGCUAAAGAGCUCCAGCCUCACCAAGGACAGCAUGGAGCAUUUCAUCGUCAACCAGCUAUCGAGAACGCGGGACGUCCUGAGGAGAGCCAAGUCCAACCUGCAGGAGAACAAACUCAGGAUCUGCUCCCUUCCAGCCUCUUUCUCUGCCCCCUCUUCCCCCUCCGGCCCAGUAAAGGUGAAAACCCAGGGGGCGCCACUGAGCUCGGUUCCCCUGCUGGUUGGAGCGUCCUGACACCCUGGGGCCUGGCUGCUCACCAGCGCCCCCUGCAGCCUGGCGGCCCGGCUCCUCGCUCCGGCUGAACCCGGCCGCUGAGACUGACAGAACCUCCAGUUUCCUUCCUCCAGACGUGAGACUUAAAGAUGCAGUUUGAGAAAGUUUGAAGCAGAAUCUGAUCCCUGACAGUUUCUGAACCUGGACUAAAAACCAGAACCUGCAGGUCCAAAGUCCUGAUCCGCAGGUUUCCAGGAGGAAAGUCUGGUGGAAACAAAACAAAGUGCUUCGUUGCUGCCUGUGUUUGUGUGUUUGUGUGUUUGUGUUGACGGCAGGUUGUGGAGACGAAGCCAAACCCCCUGAUGUUCCUGAAGGCCUCGGCCUGUUUGUGGUUCAAUCUGGUAAAAUCCUCAACAAGACAGAAAACUAAACUAACUGCACCAACAGAAAAUCCCUCAGUGGCUCUUUUGUUUCUGCUUCUGAAGAUUUCACCUCCUCAAGCUGCAAAGUGUUACUAUUAUUUUAGAAACGUGUAAAACUGAUGCUGCAGUGAAUCUGCAGCAUCUCUUACCUCCUUCACUCUGGAUGAAGGCCAGAACCGGGUCGGACCUCAUGCAGUCUUUACAAGCUCUUAUCAAGGUCUUGGUAAGGUGUUUCCAGGACCUUUGUAAGGUCUUUCCAGGAUCUUGAUAUGACCUUUCCAGGGCUCCUGAUCCCGAGGUUCCAGGCCUGGAGCCUCGAUCCAUCAUGGCUUCCUGCUUCGUGGCGGCGCUGAUCCUGACCAGACGUCGGCAGAAGUGAUGCCUUCAGUGACGGCGCGGUCCAAUCAUUUCGAUGAUGGUGCGGUCCAGCAGGGUCCUCCUGGUUUGUGGUCCAGCCAUGUUUGGCGUUGCCCCUCCAGUGUGAAGGACGCCGUGGUGAUGACUGAUUUACUUUUGUUUUCUUCGCUAGUUUCAAACUGUUCCUGGUUGUUCUGGGUUUAUUUUUAGUUUGGUGCAUGAACUCCUCGUUAAUUUCUCAGAAAUAUGCAACCUUUGGGUCACUGUGCAAUAAGAGCCUUGUGUCGUUGCCAUGACAUCUCUUCUAGUUUAAAAAGCAACUUAUUUAGUAGAUCAAAGCUGUUGACAAUCAGUUUUAGGUGCUGAUAUUUAUUGCUGUCAGGAUCUGGUUUUAAAUGCUCAGUAGGAGACGUAGCAGUCUUGACCUUCACUGUCGUAUUUAUGGAGCAAUAAGGCGAACCAAAGCAGACGGCCUGUUUGUCAGCAGGUCGGGUCCAAAGUGACCCGGUUUAAAGAGCUAACGGCUAAUCGGAUAAACUGGGAUGUUCAGAAACCAAAGCUAACGGAGGAACAGCAGCGCUUUUUGCUGCUAACCUGCUGGAUUUUUAUGCAUGUUCUCUUUGUUCAACUAUUUUCAGAUAAAAUCAGAAUAAUCUUUUCAAUAAAACUAAUAAAUCUGGUAGAAAUAAACUACAGACUCUUGUU